AUGGCCUUCUCCAGUCGAAGGGAUUUGAGGGAUGAAGUCGGCGCCAGAGUGGGCAAUGAAGCCCAACACAUUUUUAUCGAAUCCCCAUCGGCCACUGCAUCAUCUUGCAGGCCGCAAAACUCAUCUCUUUCUUCGAGGUCCUCGGUAUGGGUAAAAGGGAUUCGAGGGACAAAGUCGGCGCCGGAGUGGGCUAUGAAGCCUGACGCAUUUUUAUCGAAUCCCCCCAAGGCCCCAACCCCACGGAGCUUCUUCGGGAGACUCUCCAGCGACAACGAUGGGAAUAUCAGCAGCAGAGAGGUGGUUUCGGAUGUGAAGUUUGAGAAGGAAACCCAUGUCAAAGACAUUGAAGGUGAGUGUCCAGUGUGUUUGUCGGUCUUUGCCGAUGGCAAAGAAGUGAAGCAGCUAAGUGUCUGCAAACACUCUUUCCAUGCUCCUUGCAUUGAUUUGUGGCUCAGUUCUCAUUCUAAUUGUCCAGUUUGUCGUGCUUCUAUCGCCGUUAAGCGUCCUAAAGUCACAGCCUCGGCCAGAGAUGAAGAUAAUCAGCAAGGUUUGCUGGAUGCCUCUGCCUUGGUUUGA